UGAAGUUGGAUUUGGAGCUUCACAGCCAUGUAACGUGAGCCGUGCAUUUUCAUUGGCGUCUGGCUGCAACUCUUGCGUCUGCGUUGUAUUUUUUGCAAUGCGUCUUUAAAGGGGAGGGAAAAGCUGCAAGGGAGCGAUGAGUGUGAACGCGCGGGACUUUGCACCGAAACCGGGCGGCGAGGGGGAUGCUGCAAGGUGCAUGAGAGACCCACCCCAAACAUGCGCUCUGCCCAGAAUUCUCACCGGCCAACGCAAUUUGCAAACUAAGUCAUAUGGAUACAAAGGCCAAGAGGACAAACUGAAUCCUUACAGGCGAAGUGAAGCCGCGAGGCUGAAGUUGCCACCAAUCAGGGACCCCGCAAAGUUGAGAGAGCUGUCAACAAACAACAUUAAGGAACUUAAGAACCAGAAUUAUGUGCUUCAACAGCAACUGAAAGAUUCCAAGAAUGAGAACAAACUGUUGAAGAAUGUUCUGCAUCGCCACACGGUGGCACUGCAGCAAUACCAAGAUUUAGAAGGUAGCAUUGCUCAGAUACAAGAACAGCACAAAAACGAAGUGAAAGCUUUGCGCAAGUUGCUGGCUGAGACUCGCUCGAGUCGUGAUAAGCUUGUAAGGAAGCUGCAAACCACAGAGAGGGAGUUGAUGGACUGUAAAGACAGAAUUAGUCACCUCCAGUGGAGGGUCAACGAGAAUCCCAAUUUACUGGAGAAGGAGGAACUCUUACGCAGGCUCACUGAGUUCACCAUACAGCUGGAGGAGAAAGACAGGAGGAUACUGUUAUUGGAGAAGAGUAACGUAUUGCUUCAAGGAUCACUCGAUCGGCAAGUAGCGACAGAAUACAAAAAGAUGUCCAAGAACAAUGAGAUGCCUCUCGGACUACAAAGCACAAUUUCUGAAUUUUCCAAGAAACCUCAAAUGGACAGAAAAAGAGGCUCAGAGACAAAUAAUAUGAAGACUGUUCGAUCACGAAAACAUGGAAGAAAAGUCAAACAAAGCAAGGUGUUCCAACCGGAGGAAUAUACCUCAUCAACGACUGACGCUGACAAUCGGGUCAAGUCAGACUUUUCGGAGACUGAUGAGAGGUUUCCAAGGUGGCAGAGCACCAACAGCUCAGAUUAUAUCCCACGCAAUUCACGUACAACUCAACAAAGGAGAGGGAAUAGCCGCAGGCCUUCUGAUAAAAAUACAGUUUCAGCCAAUGGGGAUUACCCCAACGAGGAAAGACAGGACUCAUCAGAAGAUACAAAGGAGUCAGAGGAGAAUGAGGAGGAAGAUGAUGAGGAAAAGCAGAGGAGAAGGGAUGAAGAUGAUUAUGAUGAUGAGGGGGGAAAGGGGAAUAAAGAUAGAGGCGGUGGGAGGGAUGACGGAAACAACAGCGAAAGGAAGGAGGAAAAGGAGCGGCGGAAUGGGCAAAAUUACAGAGAUAAUCGAAUGGACCAAAACAGGGGGGGGAAUAAGGUAACUGGUGGAAAACAGCACAAGUCAGAAGAAACUGUGUUAGAGGAGACAUUUAAGGAAACAACAGGUGACGAGGAAGAGGAGGAGGAGGAGGCGGAGGAGGAGGAGAAAGAGGAGGAGGAGGAGGAGGAGGAGGAGGAAGAAGAGGAGGAGGAAGAGGAGAAAAAGGUGGAAGAGGAGGAUGAGGUGGUGAAGUGGGAUUAUGAGGAAGAACAAAAGGAGGACAACUGGGAGGAGGAGAGGUGGGACGAUGAGGAAGAAGAGAAGGAGGAGGAGGAAGAGGAGGAGAAGGUUUGUGAGGAGCAGGAGGAUAGUGUGGGUGAGGACACAAAUGAGGAGGAGAGGGGAGAGGAAGAGGUGAAGCAGGUGGAAGAGGAACAAGGAGAGAAUGAGGUAGAAGAUACAAAGGAUAAUGUAGAGGUAGAGGAGAAAGUGGAGGAAGAUAUAGAGGAGAGUAAAUUCUUAGAGAGGGAAGUGGAAAAGUGGGAAGUGGUAGAGGAGAGGCAAGAGGUAGAGAAGAGGCAGAAUGUAGAGGAGAGGCAAAAGGUAGAGGAGAUGAAAACAGUGGAGAAGAGACAAGUGGUGGUGAAGAGGCAGGAGGAAGGGGUAGGAGAUAAGCUGCUGGAGGAGAACGAUGAGGAGGUGCUGGUGAUUGCUGAGGUAAAACAGCAAAAGAGGAAGGAGAAAGGAGAUCAGAAAGACAUUAGGACAUACAGAAAAUGCACUUUGUCCAGCAUUCUUAACGAUCCUAAGAUGCUAACACCACGUGAACCAAAACGAUGCUCACGGCCUAAAAGUCGACGUAAAUACAACUUCACCCCAGUUACUAAGAACCUGCAUAUGGGCAAGCCAGCCCACAGUGGCGUGCACCAGAGGUAUCAUAAAGGGCCAAACGUGCCAUUAAAAGAGGAAACCCUUUACUGUCGCAAUCGGAAGCGUUCUGUGCAAAUGGAAGAAGACCUGAGCGACGAACAGACGAGCCCACCGGAUGCCGCCAGCGAUAGCUCGGAUUUAGAUUCAAAACAUAAUGAAACCUCAGUGUGGACUUAAAGCAACAGUAACGGACAAUUGAACCCUUAUUUUUUUUGUCUCUUUUGUCCUGGCUCUCUGUUGAGUUGUGUCAGCGGUAAAUAUGCAAAUAUCUUUCUUUAUUGACCCAGUUGGCUCCAUUGCUUUUCUGGGAUGUGUAAAGGCACUUGAGGGCCUUUAAUUGUAUAUAAGUAUAUUAUGACUUCAUUCAUGAACUUCUUGGUUUGUUUACAUGCAACUUCCUGGUUGGUUGCAUGAUAAUGCAAAAAACUACCAAAUUAAUUUCAAUGAAACUGUGGAGAGGUAUGACAUGGACCAAGGAAUCAAUCAUGAAAUCACUAUGCAAUGCGCAUUAUUACCAUCUUCAGCACUGGAGUGGAAGACUCCAGAGGAGUAACACUACCAGUUGGAAUUGUUCACUUGAUUUUCAAUGUGACAAAUGCAAUCUUUUGCAUUAACAAGCGAGCCUUUCGGCUAUUCAAAUGCUGCUGUGAAAACGGGUUCAUCGUGUGCCGUUGGUUAUUUUGAAAUGUUUUAAUUACAUGAGUAAAUAUUUUAAAAACCCUUGCAGCCCAUAAAUGUAACCAAUCAAAUUG